AUGACCGAGAUCCAAACCAGAUCGGUUCCUAUCCAUCCCAAGAAGAUGAGAGGGAUGAAGGAAGAAUGGAUGAAAAUCUAUACACCAAUAGUCGAAAUAUGCAAGAUCCAAAUCCGCAUGAACAUCAAAGGAAGAUGUGUGGAAAUGAGAACUUGCGAUCAUACCGAGGAUUCCUCCUACUUAGAGAGGUCUGCGCAAUACAUUAAUGCGGUGAACAUCGGAUUUCCUAUUGAAGAUGCAAUUGCAAUAUUGAAGUUUGCCGACGUGUUUCUAGAUCAUUUUGAGAUCUCAGAGGUAAAGACGCUGAGGGGGCUACAUAUUGAAAGAGCCAUUGGAAGAAUCAUAGGAAGAGAAGGGAAGACAAAAAGCGCCAUAGAAGAGUUCAGUAGAUCGAAAAUUAUUGUCCAAGACCAAACAAUACAUUUUCUUGGGACGAUCGAAAACAUAAGAAUAGCAAAGGAUGCAGUGUGCAGGCUAAUAAUGGGGUCUCAACCGGGAAGUAUCUUCAACAGACUCCGGAUUAUUAACUCGAGACUUAAGGAGAAGUAUGGAGGGAUCCAGACGGUAUAUAGUGAGUUUGAGAAGAGAUAG